AUGGAAGCUACCCUCAUAGGAACUCCCCUAGUAGCAAUCAGGAGCACGAGUACCAAGACGUUGUUACCAGUAGGUGACUUAACUUCAGAAGCGUCUAAUACUCCAAAUGUAGAAUUAGAAAUGGCCAUUGUCUCAUUCUUUGGAAACCUGAGUCCUUUGUUGGCAACAUUGCGAGACAUGAUCGAGCUAGUUCUGAACAAGACAGGAACGACAAAGGUAUCCAAGCUUGCGGAGUAUGUUCAAUUAAUGGAGACUCUAAUGGAAACCGUCUUGGGCACUUUGAAGGGAAAAUUGACUACUAUGCCAAAAAAUGCUUCCGCCAUCUAUGUGCAUCACAAGGCCCUUUCGAUAAAAUCGUUACUUAACUACGGUACUUUUCUACUCUCGCUUUACACUCAUAUAAGAGUGUACUUUGAGCACAAGAAUGACAUUCAGAUGGCGUUUCAUUACGAGAAAAAAAUAAUUCAGCUUACUGUCACUGAACUUUUGCCAAUAGUGACGUUCAUUGCCGACGACCCUAAACAGUACUAUGGCCCCAUGGGUGCUCUCGUCACCACCAAAUUCUUUAUCUCUACUUUGCAACGUUCGAGCUUCACGGGUCUUUCAACUUUGACUCGAUUGAGGUACCAUCUUCACCACUAUGAUGCGAUCUAUGGAAAAGAAGACACUGACACUCAUUUUUUGCUUCAAAAGGUAACAACCAAAUCCGAAAUUUGCUGUAAAAUCUACUGGCAGAGUCUACGUAGACUUAUAUUCCAGUUCCAAAUGGACCCGAGGCCGGCUGAAAAAAUUAGAGAUACUGUGGAAUUUCUCAGCGAUGGAACAAAUCUCAACACUGGUGCAUUUGAUAAGAUCUGGCGCUUCCGUUACACGAAAGAACAAUUGCUGGAGAUUAUAGACUUGUAUGACAGUGGUUUGGAAGAUAUAUCUUAUUCGGAAGAAAGCUUUGGGUCGAGCACGAGUCUGUCGACUGAUAGUGCGUCGCCAUUAUUUGACUUCAAUAUCGAUUUUGACUAUGUUGCUGAAUCAUGGAUGAAGGAACUAGAUGACGCCAUGAUCCUGCCGGAUAUUUUUCUUGGUAUAUGA